UACAACGACGCAAACUCUUAAAAAUAACGAAAUUGUGUUUAUAAAAUUUGCCGGUUUCUUGUUGAUGCUGUUGGAUGGCUGGCUCCUUCAGCAACAAGAGGUCACCCGCAUAGUUGUGUUGUCAGCGUGAAAAUCCACUAAAUGUUUUAUGACACAUUCUUCUAUUUUUCUGUUGUGUUAUUAUUUAUUUUUGAGUUUGCGGCCUGAUACUCGUACAUUUAUUCAAAUUCGACGUCACUGUUGGCUAAGAAGUGUAUUGGACAAAAAAUACUUUUUUAUUUUUUGGUUUUCAAAUUAAUAUUGUUCAUACCUACAACGUACACGGAGAUUUCUCUAUAGUCCGCCGUGGAAUUUUUAUAAAUUAUGUAAUUGUCGCCGCAAUUAAUUAUAAUAAUAAAAAUAAAUGUUAAUAAAAUUAAUUAUAUUAAAGAAUAAUUGUUAAUCCAUAGUGUAGUUCUAUGUUAUGAUGGAUUUGUUGCUAUUUUUAACGGCAGCUGGCCAUCUUGUCUAUACUCCAUUUACAAAAGUGGAGGAAAGUUUUAAUCUACAGGCCAUGCAUGAUAUUUUAUAUUUACGCCACAAUUUUACACAGUAUGAUCAUCAUGAGUUUCCUGGUGUGGUGCCACGCACAUUUUUGGGUCCACUAUUUAUAUCCAUACUAUCAACACCAUUCAUUUUGUUGUUUGAAACAAUGAAUAUCAGCAAAUUUUGGGCGCAAUAUGUAGUGCGUUUAAUAUUAGCCGCUGUUAUAACCAUUGCCUGGACCAAACUGAAACGUGUGAUAACCAAAUUGUAUGGCUCCAAUGUGAGUCUUUGGUUUAGCAUUAUCACUUUAACACAAUUUCAUUUCAUAUUCUACAUGAGUAGAACUUUACCCAAUAUAAUGGCUCUGCCUUUAGUUUUAUACGCUUUGGCUUAUUGGCUAAAUGGCCAAUUGAAACCGUUUAUUAUAUGCUCUGGCAUAGCUAUAUUAGUUUUUCGUUCCGAAUUGGUUAUAUUUUUAGGUCUGCUAUUACUAUUUGAUUUACUGUUUCAUAAAAUAACCAUAGACAGAGUUUUAAAAAUUGCUUUACCAGCUGGUUUGGUAAUUUUGGCUACUUCAAUAGCAGUGGAUUCAUUCUUUUGGCAGAGACUAUUGUGGCCAGAGGGUGAAGUAUUAUGGUAUAAUACAGUACUAAAUAAAAGCUCCGAUUGGGGUACUUCUCCCUUUUUAUGGUAUUUCUACUCAGCAUUGCCACGGGCCAUGGGGGCUUCCAUAUUAUUCGUUCCUUUAGGUCUGAUUGUGGAACGACGCAUUAGACCACUUGUUCUUGCUGCCUUAGGUUUUGUCUUAAUCUACUCUAUAUUACCGCAUAAAGAAUUACGUUUCAUUAUUUAUGUGUUUCCGGUAUUAAAUUUAGCAGCAGCCACUGCUUGUCAAAGACUGUGGCAAAACAGUUCAAAAUCCAUAUGGCACGGAUUUUUGUCUUUAUGUGCUGGUGCCCAUUUACUGGCCAAUGUUUUAAUAACUUUGUUUUUAAUAUUGGUCUCCAGUACCAAUUAUCCUGGCGGCAUGGCAUUAAGAAAUUUACAUAAUUUGGAAGCUCAAACGGCAAAUAUUUCCGUGCACAUAUCAAAUUUGGCAGCUCAAAGUGGUGUAAGCAGAUUUUUGCAAAUCAGAGAUGAUUGGAGAUAUUGUAAAAAUGAACACAUGAAUUAUACCAAAGAAGAAACUAUGCAAUAUACACAUCUACUAAUGGAGGCGAAAAAUAAAUUUAACACCCAACAGUGGUCAUCUCUUCAAGAAGACUAUGAUACCUUGGAGUUUAUAGAAUGUUUUAAUAGCAUUGGAAUUCAGUAUAAUUCAAUGAUGCCGGUAAAAAUCAAAACCAAACCCUGUUUGGCCAUCUUGAAAAGAAAAUUAAAAACAAAAACAAUUGAAUAUUUAACAAAACCUGAUAAGAAAAAGAAAAAAUCUAUAGAAAUUGUGGAAAGUAUUGAAAUCGUAGAACAACCACAAUACUCCAAAUCAGAGAAAACUAAAAAAUCCAAGAAAAAGAAGAUAUCAAAUGAAUCUCUUCCACAAAACUUAGAGUUGGAAACAAAGGACACUGAUAACAAAGGAAACCUAAAUAUUGAAGAGGAAAACUCUGCCCAGGAGAUUGUAGAUGAUUUACAGCAACACUCAAAAAAAACUGCAGAAAAACAAAUUAUUUUACAAAUAAAUGAAAAUAUACCUCAAGAUAAUCCACCAGAUCUAACAAAACUAUUAAGUCAGGGCUUAAGUUUAGAAGAUGAUGCCAUUGUAUCCACCGUUGAGUCAUACGAAGAACUGCCUUUACUGUCAGAAGAAACAAAUGAUUCGGCGCAAGUCAAUAAAGAGAUAAAUUUCCAAGAGUUACAUAAUUUAGCGUUGGGGCAAGUUAAUCGUAAAACGCGUGCCACGAAAUUGAAAAUACGCAGAAUUAUUGAACAACAUUAUCGAGCGAAAGGUAAACAUAUCGAAAAUGAUUCCAAAGAGAAAAAAUAUACUAUUGCUCAGCCAACUGCAUCGACCAGACAAUCGGUGAAAGCCAUUAUCAAACAAGAACGCAUUAAGGAUAUGAUAGAGCAAAUUUCUACUAUGGACUUGACAAAAAUGUGCAAUUUAGAAAAGGUCUCCACGAAAGAUUGUCUGAAAUUAGUUAUUGAUAAAAUUGAUGAGGAUGGUAGCACUAGUUAAUUAAGGUUUGUAUUUAAUUAAAGUUAAUUUAAGAAAAACGACCACGAAUUGUUUUUUAAAAAUCCAAAUAAUAAAAUGUUUUAUUAAUUGUUAAACUAAUAAUUUGAAAUAAAUUUUUUAAUAAAAUAA